CAACCAGUAGAGUGAGGGUGCUGCUUGUACUGGUGCUUGCAUGGCUUUUACUCAUUCACUGUCUCGCUCAUUCAAAGGACACACCAAUUCUUGGUGUCUUUCUCGCUCUCGUGGCUUUUUUUCCCCGUUAUACAGCAUCACAGCAGCAGCACCAGCAGCAGCAGCACCGACGCGCGGCUCGACGGUACAACACCCACCAAGGCACAAGGCGGUUAGCGUCAGUACUAAGGUGGGCGGCCGUUGGUAGACUCUGGUGUGCGGUUUUUGAACGUUUUAGACGCGAUCAUGUCCAGGGAGUGUCCUCGCGGGUGGUUGUGCAUGUCAGCGGUAUCAUUAUCGCGACGACGACGCCGAUCAUCACGUUUUUUUUGUUAUGCGUAAAUUAAAUAAUUAAUAUUCCAAAGGAAUUUUGUUUAUCAGACUGUUUUAAUAGUGAAUUAAGUGGUACAGUGAUGGAUUACUGUUAAAUAUUAUUAUUAAUAAUAACAUAGUGUCCUAGGAUACUAUUUAUUUACUUUUAUUUUUUAAAUUUUGGAUUUUGUUUAUCAAGUGUUUUUAUCAUCAACUACCGGUAGAUACAAGAUACGCUUAAAGUUCCGGUAAAAGUUGUACGAAAUACUAUUGGGACGACUUGAACGUUUUCAAGAACAAAAAAUGAUAAAUCUUUAAAACAAAAAAAUGAUUUUUUUUGAAUUGUUGAGUUUUUUGGUGUUGAAAAAUUUAUUUUAAAAAAAAUACGGGCGCGGUGGAUUGAGGCGUUAGCGUAAAAUAUAUUUAAUAUAUUAGAUGUAAUUCUGUUGGGUUAUUUAUGUAAAAAAACAAAUUUGGUUUUUAAUUUUUAUAUGAAAAAAAAAAAACAGUGAUAAUGAUGUUGAGGACAAUGACGUGGGUUAAUGCAGGUAGUCGUGACAUGAAGAGGGUCACUAGUAAACCGAGUAACACGAUACUUAGUUGGGUUAAACGAGUUUAUCAUCUUGAGGUGGAUUUUAAAUUAUUUGGUUGCAUCGUGAGGUUAUUUAAAGACGAAUCGAGAUCCAAGACAACGAUUAUUAUUCUUAAGUUUAUUAUUACGAUGACGACGACGACAUUUUUGACUUUGAUAGCAGUAGCAGCCGCAGCAACAGUAUUAAAAAAAACGUCAACAAUCUCACCGACUAAUUUUGAAACAACUAAUUUUGAAACAAUCCAAGGAACAAUCGUAAAAGCGUCACUAACUCCAUUAUUUAUAACAACAACAACAAUAAUAACAACAACAGCUAUUAUUAUUAUUAUGGUUAUGAUGAUGGUUAAAAAAUUAUUUAAAUGUUGGUGCUAGCGCAAACAGUUUAAAUUCGUGAAUAAUACAAUAAUAAUAUUAUUAUUAUUAAUAGUGAUUGUUAUUUAGUGUUUUUUCAUCUCGUGACGGUGCUGUUUUUGUGUUUUAAUAUAUAUUCAAAUAAUAUAUUUAUAAUAAUAAUAAUAAUAAUAAUAAUAAUAAUAAAUAUUAAGUGAGUGUUGGUGUUUUACAAGACGUAGCAGUUAGUUUCAUUUACGAAAUAAUAAUAAUAUUAAUAAUAAUAAUAGUAUUGAAGAAUGAUUGUAAGAUGACUACUGGAGUGAUUAAAGCAACAAAGAUUGAUUAUUACAAUUAACAUUAACGAUAAAUAGUUAAAAAACGCUGGAAUGUUUUUUUUAACCUGCUCAAAGUGUAAAAGACUGAGGAUUGGUACCGUUUACGAUGGUGAGUGCGGAACGGAAGCCGGUAGUGAGUCUCUCAGACUUACACCAAUAAUAAAUACCAACAGCUUAUCCUUAUCGUCGUCGUCGACGUCGUCGUUGUCGUCGUCGUCGUCGUCGCACGUCGUUUAUCAUCACAUAUAUUUGCGAUCCGGUGUCCGGUAGCUCGUCCGUCCUUUCUCAUCGACGCCCCUGGGCAAUGUGCCCACCCGCCGGCAACGCAACGGGUGGACACGGCGUACGAUGGUCAGAGAUGCUUGGACGGACUACGGUGGGAAAGGCGAGUGGCGACGGUGGUCUAGGCUGGGCGGAUUGUUGGCCAUGGCGGUUAUCAUGUCACUUAUUGUUGCGUCAUUGCCAGGUGCAAGCGCAAAUCCUGAUUCAAAGCGCCUUUAUGAAGACCUGCUGUCCAAUUACAAUCGCCUUAUCCGGCCAGUCGGCAACAACAGUGAUCGCCUCACGGUUAAAAUGGGCCUGCGUCUAUCUCAGCUUAUUGACGUCAACUUGAAGAAUCAAAUCAUGACGACAAACGUUUGGGUGGAGCAGGAGUGGAAUGACUAUAAGCUCAAAUGGAAUCCGGAGGAGUACGGCGGAGUCGAGACUAUUCAUGUCCCAUCUGAACACAUAUGGCUGCCGGACAUUGUUCUUUAUAACAAUGCCGACGGCAAUUACGAGGUAACGAUAAUGACCAAAGCAAUUCUGCAUUAUACUGGCAAGGUAAAAUGGAAACCGCCGGCAAUUUACAAGUCUUUUUGUGAAAUUAACGUCGAGUAUUUUCCCUUCGACGAGCAAACCUGCUUUAUGAAGUUCGGUUCCUGGACAUACGACGGUUAUACGGUGGAUCUUCGUCACUUGAGCCAGACCGAGGACUCGAAUGAAAUAGAGGUGGGGAUCGACUUGGCCGAUUACUACAUCUCCGUCGAGUGGGACAUAUUAAAAGUGCCUGCGAAAAGAAAUGAAAAAUUUUACAGUUGUUGUGAGGAGCCCUAUCCUGAUAUAAUAUUUAACAUAACAUUACGCCGUAAAACAUUAUUCUACACCGUAAAUUUAAUCAUACCUUGUGUGGGUAUAUCGUUUUUAUCAGUGCUGGUGUUUUACUUGCCGAGUCAUAGUGGUGAAAAGGUAUCAUUGUCAAUAUCAAUAUUACUAUCAUUAACAGUAUUCUUUCUAUUGCUUGCCGAGAUAAUCCCUCCUACGUCAUUGACAGUGCCGCUUCUCGGCAAAUAUUUGUUGUUCACAAUGGUGCUGGUAACUCUGUCUGUGGUAGUGACUAUUGCCGUGUUAAAUGUUAACUUUCGUUCGCCGGUGACACAUCGUAUGGCUAGAUGGGUAAGAGUAGUAUUUAUUGAUAUAUUACCUAAAUACUUGUGCAUCGAAAGACCAAAUACGGACAACGAUGACGAUAAUGAUAAUGAUAAUAAUGAUAUUAUCGAUAACAAUAAUGAUGAUGAUGAGGACGAGGAUGACGACGAUAAAGCGCCCGAGCUAAUACUCACCGAUGUGUUCCCUAACGUUAAUGAGACUGACAAAUAUGAAUUACCCUAUGGUGGAAAAAGGUACAGUGAGGAUUAUGAAAUAACAGAUUUGCCCGGUUUACCAGUUACAAUACCACCAGUACCAGUGCCCCCAUCUGUUACAACAAUACCCAACUCGAGGUACGGCGACCUACCCAUUCCCGUAGUGGCUCCACGUUUUGAUGAGUCUGCAUUGCCGCCUAUACCGCUCCCUGGUGGUGGCGAUGAUGAACUGUUCGUACCCGCCAGCCCGGGAUACGUUCACGACGACGCCAGUCCGACGUUCGAGCGACCACUUGCCAGGGAAAUCGAAAAAACCAUUGAAGACGCACGUUUUAUUGCUCAACACGCCAAGAACAAGGACAGGUUCGAAAGUGUGGAAGAAGACUGGAAGUACGUAGCAAUGGUUCUCGACAGAAUUUUCCUUUGGUUUUUUACGAUUGCUUGUUUUUUUGGUACGGCUCUCAUUAUCCUACAGGCCCCGAGCCUGUACGACGAGACCAAACCAAUAGACAUUAUUUAUAGCAAAAUCGCCCAGAGGAAGAUGAUGCUGAAGAACAUGGGUCCCGAGGAGGAUGACUAGUCGACGAUAAUACCCGGCCAAAGCACCGUGGUUUUUAAAAUAAUUCAAUUAAUAUUAUUGAUAUUAAAUAAAUUUAAUUAAUAAUAAUAAUAAUAAUGAAAUCACACUCGUGCCUCGUGGUCAAGUAUUAACUGUGGUACCACAUAUUAAGACAUUAACACGCAUUUAAAUAAAUAAUGACACACGUUACUAUCCACUCUUGUAAAUUCUUGCACGCAGGCACGAGGCAGUGUCGUCGUCGACUGUCGUCACUCCUUGUGCAUCAGAGUUCACGUCUUGAGAUCAACAGCUACAGAUUGAGUAUCGUUAACCGAUUCAGCUCCAUCUAAUUUACACUCGAUCUAGUUUCAUCUCUAAUUUUAUUACUAUUAUUACUACUGCUACUACUACUACUACUACUACUACUACUACUACUACUACUACUCCUACUACUACUACUAUUACUACUACUACUACUACUACUAAUGACACAACACCGCCAGAUACCAGUUUGAAUAAUUGUAUUUUAACAAAAAAAAAUACAAUCGAUUGUUAAAUAAUUAAACUAAAAUGGUGAGUCGUGAAAAUCGUGAACAAACACUUGGAGAACGGCACGUUCACAUGAAAUAUCACGAAAAACAAUUUAGAAAAAAAAAACGACUGCGUCGUUGCCGUCCAUUGUUCUUUAAUUAAGAAAAAAAUUUUUAAAAAGAAUAAUCAUAAUCACCGUGAUUGGUGGAUGAUUAUUGAGUCUAAAAAAUAAGGAAAAAUAAUAAACGAUUCCGAUGACCCGAAAGACUUGGGACGACGACGGCCGUGGUAAAAAAGAAAGUGCCAAUUAUCCAAAUAAAAAAUUAAAAAAAAUAAUUAAUAAAAAUUAAAAAAUAAUAAGCGUGCCGUAUUUUUGUAAAAUCAAGUUUCAUACGUAAAGGCUAGAGCCACUGCGACGAACGAUUUUGUCGGGAGACUUGCCGAACUGCCGCAUUUUAUAACUGAAUGAGUUUAAUUUAAAAAUAUAAUAUAUAUAUACUAAUAACUAUUAAAUUAAUUAAUUAAUGGUGAAAAUAAUAUAAAUAAUAAAUUAUUUAAAUGAUAAAAUAAUAAAUUAAGAAUGACGAAUAACUUUCACCUAAGACACAGCAUUAGUACACGCACAAUAUGGGGGUAGUUACCCUCGCUCUUCUCUUCGUAACAAAAGAUACAAGAAGCUUCAGUCCCGAAAUAUUAUUAUCAGGUAUGGUUAUAUUUUAUUUAUUUAUUUUAUAAGUCGUGAUAUAUUUUUUUUUAACAUGAAGUAAAAAUUUUUAAAAAAUAGCCAUUGUUAUGUGUAACUAAUAAACUGCCCGUCGUUUUAUUUAGCAUACGCGUAAAUAAAAUUUGAGAAUUAAAAUAACAAUAAUAAUUAUCGGGAAAUAGUGUAAAAUAAAAUGGCUUGUAAAAACAACUGGCAAUCUGAAAAUGGCCUGUUAAUUCCAUCUUAGGUAGGCGAGAAAACCCAGAAGAGGCGAGGGAAAGGGUGAGGAGCUAUAUAUUCAUAUAUAUAUAUAUAUAUAUUGGGUAUAUAACGGGGACGGAAGGCCGGGGCUUAGAAAACGAACUGACGAUAGAGAGGAGUCGACUGUAAAAGGGAUAAAAGAGAUGAGAUA